AUGAAUGAGUUCGAAAAUUCAUUUUUACCAGUACCAAAUGACAGACGUGUGAUGUAUGUUUGCGGUAAUCCUUGGUUUUGCAAUUCGGCACUUGAAUGGUUUCGCGCAUAUCUUCGAGAGAAUGUCGAUAUUGAUAUUGAUAAACCAGGAUGUAUAGCAGUGUGCAUGGGACCAAUUAAUAGUUGUCCACCACCAGGCACACCUUUACGAAACAAUGAUUUUUGCCCCAUUAACGAACAAGUUUUGCCUCUUACUGGAAAUGCUUUGUCGCUAGUUGGUUGGAUCAUCUUAGCAAUCAUUAUGACGAUUUUAUUGAUAAGCAUUUGCUUAUUGGCAUUAGUUCGCUAUGGAAUUUCUUACCGAAGAAAGAAACAAAAAGAUCAGGAAAUGGAAGAUGAACAAAGAAUCAUUUCAACAUCCGGUACUUUUUUUGAAUGCAAAAUAUUUUGUGCUGAAUACCUUAAAGUAAAUAGAAACUUACCUUGA